CUAUCACCAUCCUCCAUUCCACCAUGGCUUCAUAUUUAGUAACUGGAGCCUCUCGCGGACUUGGCCUCGCGCUGGUUCAACAAUUAGCAGCCCGUCCCGCGACCGAGGUGGCCUCUAUCGUGGCGACAGCACGACAACCCCGCGAACUCCCGUCGCUGGUCGAGUCCUCGCGCGGGCGCAUCGCCUACGUGCCUCUUGACACGACCAGUGCGUCCAGUGUCGCGGAAGCGGUGGAACGCAUUCAGCGAACCCAUGGUACUCUAGACGUAUUGAUCAACAAUGCCGGCGUGGGGUCCUACACGCGGGGGGGAGUCACCGAGAUGGAUGCAGACAACCUCACAGCCGUGAUGAACACAAACAUCACGGGGACACAUCGAGUGACGCAAGCCUUCCUACCUCUGCUACGACGGGGAACCCGCAAGACGAUAGUCAACAUCUCAACAACAAUGGCCUCCCUUGACCGAGCCAAAACAUACAAUGAUAUGCCCGUCCCAACCUACCGAAUCAGCAAGACUGCGCUGAACAUGAUGACCGUGCAAUACGCGCACGCUCUCGCAGACGAGAGCUUCACUUGCUUUGCCGUUAGCCCCGGGUGGCUCCGGACGGAUCUAGGCGGAUCCCGCGCCGACCUUUCCGCAGAGCAAGGUGCCGGCGCCGUCCUGGAUAUUGUCCGCGAGGCGAAUCCCGCGCAGAGUGGGAAAUUUCUUAAUGUCCGUGUGCCGGGGUGGGAGAACCAUGAAGGAUUGAAUCAGUAUGAUGGGAGGGAAAUUCCGUGGUAGGUUUGUGAGGUAGGAUGUAUAGUAGAUAUAAUUGACGGACUACCUGGUUAGCAAUACUAGGGUAUGCAAAGACUAC